AUGCCGCGCUGUGUAUCACAAGAAGCGGCGGACGACGAGAUCUCAUGUAUCUGCGAUGGUGAGGUAUUUGAUGACAUGAUUUGCUGCGAUCAAAAAGGAUGCGACACUCAAUGGUAUCAUUAUUCCUGCGUCGAUAUCGAAACAGCGCCGAUUGGAGAGUGGAUUUGCCCACCGUGCCAUAGGAAGUGGAGGAACUGGCAAUAUCAGAAUGAAUCUGAGCGACAUCAGUACGAGGAGAAAGUCAGGAAGCAAUUUGAGGCCGAAGUGCUGGAGAGUCGAACGAGGGGCAAACGACCUCAAAGCAAUGACAAGCCAUUUGUAGACGCGACAACAGGUAGUCAAGGGAAGAAACAGAGAUUGACUCCGAAGGAAGGAGAGCCAAGAUCGUCUACAGAGACAAUGGAAUCAGAGAGCGCAGUCAAAAAGGCGACGACUGAUCGUCAAAGCGGUUCCAAAGAGAGGUCGUCGCCGACAUCGAAGCACCCACGAAAUCCAUCAACGCUAAACGCUUCAGCGAGGCGGAAAGACAAGCAGCUCAGCCCAACAACUCCAGCAUCCCGACAACGUGAUACCACGGAAGUCAUAUCUAUUGCAGCUGGCGCUGAAGGUGAAGAGACCGUCGCACCCGACGACAUGAGACCGACUUAUCAGAACAAGUCCGGACUGAUCUCUCCAGAGAGCCUGACAUCUAAAAGCCCAAGCCCAGACAAAAAUCAUAGCGCUAAGGCUCAAUUCUUUCCCUCUCGAUCAAGAAGCCCACCAAUUCAAUUCGUCGGAUCAACUCCCCGCAUCCGUAAACAGUCAAUGAGCUUUCGGUUGUGGGCCAUCAAGCAAUCCAAAUUACCCUUGUUGGAAGAAACAGAGAACCAACGUUUCACUCAACGUGUGGACAAGGUAAAAUCCAAACGCAGGAGAAAGCGGAGGGCGAGGUGA